GCCUAGUGAAAAAUGCAACCAAGAGUGUUCUUCCUAUGCUCAGCAGCAGUGGCUGCAACCCUCCUGUUUGUGGGUGCAUCAGCCCAAUCAAACACGUGCACAAACACGAUAACGAGUCUGGCCCCGUGCCUAAACUACAUCUCAGGCAACUCCACAACUCCUUCAGACCAAUGUUGCAGGCAGUUGCGGUCUGUGGUCCAGUCUGACCCGCAGUGUCUCUGCAUGGUUAUUAAUGGUGGGGCUUCGUCGUUGGGGAUUGAAGUUAAUCAGACUCAGGCUCUGGCUCUUCCUGGUGCUUGCAAUGAGCAAACACCGCCAUUGAGCCAGUGUAAUGUUACCAAUGGAUUCGCACCAGCUGAUGCUCCUUCAGGUGGGGAUAUUGUCGAAGUACCUGUCUUUCUCCUAUUCUCCCUCCUCCUAGCUAUGGCUUAUCUCUCAUCUUCACCCACCAGUUUCUGAAGAUCCUGCAUCUUCAGCUGUAGUAGAUGUUUGUUCGCCUAUGAUAUGUAUUUACUAUGUGGAUUUACUUUCUUUACUGUUAGUAAUAAAUUUGUAAUAGCCUGCUGGAAGGCUAUUGGAGAAGUACAGUGUAAGUUCAGCUAU